GUGUCUGUUUACCUUCCCUCCGCUUGGUAGUGACUGCAUUAAAGUAGUAGUGUGAUUGUUCGGUUAUAGCCGGUGAAGAUACUUUUAAUGAGUAGUGUAUUGUGACGCUUAAUCAUAAUUGUUAUUCGUCGAUUGACAUUCUUAGUAAAAUAACAUAUAUUGAUCGACUUGUAUUAUUUUAAAUUAUGAGUGGGUUCGUCGAUGAAAGUGCCAGUUUCAUCGUUCAAGACAAAGGGAAGUCGAAUGCAAUGGUUGAUGUUAGAGCUUGCAACAAACCAGUUGAACGUUUGUAAAUGUUAAUUAGUGCUGAGUUUGUCUUAUCCUCAUCCCCCCCCAACAUGACCAAUACACAGUUGUGGUUCCGAGGGGUACGCAGUUCGAAGUUCCGUCAUGUGUUCGGCUCGCCCGCCAAGAGAGAGCGAUGUUACGAUAAUGUCAAGAUUACCAAGAACGCACAUGACUCGCACUUCUGUGCGGUAAACCCCAAGUUUGUCGCUAUCGUCACCGAGGUCGCAGGAGGUGGUGCUUUUCUGGUCCUUCCCAUCAACCAGACUGGAAGGUUGGACUUCAAUACCUCUCGAGUGACUGGACAUAAAGGUCCUGUGCUGGACAUCAAGUGGAACCCAUUCAACGAUAACAUCAUAGCAUCGUGCAGUGACGACUGCACAGUCAAGCUGUGGUACAUCCCUGAUGGAGGCCUGGCCAGUCACCUGACGGAGUGGCUCAUAGAUCUCCAUGGCCAUAAGAGGAGGGUGGGCUAUAUAGAGUGGCAUCCCACAGCAGAGAAUGUGCUUAUCAGCGCUGGCUUUGACCAUUUACUGAUAGUAUGGGACGUGGGGAAAGGAGAAGCACUGAACGUGAUUGACUGCCACCCCGAUGUAAUUUACUCCAUGAGUUUCAACAGAGAUGGCAGCCGCUUGGCCACAACUUGCAAGGACAAGAAGCUGAGAAUCAUUGACCCCCGCACAGGUUUUGUCAUCAGUGAAGGUAUCUGUCAUGCGGGAACACGCUCCAGUAAAGUGGCCUACCUGGGUGGGUCAGGUCGUGUGGUGACCACUGGCUUCUCCCGCCACUCGGACCGUCAGGUUUCUGUUUGGAAUGAUGACAAUCUUGCAGUCCCUCUGCAUGAAGAAACUAUCGACUCUUCUUCUGGAGUCAUCUUCCCAUAUUAUGAUUCUGACACUAAUAUUCUCUACUUGGCAGGAAAGGGUGAUGGGAACAUCCGAUACUAUGAAAUGGUGGACCAGGCACCCUACAUACACUUUCUGAGUCAGUUCAUCUCUGGAUCUCCUCAGAGAGGACUGGGGUUCAUGCCCAAGAGAGGGUGCGAUGUGAGUCAAUGUGAAAUCUUCAGGUUUUUCAAGCUGCAUGCGACACGGGGCAUGUGUGAGCCUGUCUCCAUGAUUGUACCGAGGAAGAGCGAUCAGUUCCAAGAAGACCUGUACCCUGAUACUGCAGCUCCUGUGCCGGCUCUUACAGCUGGUGACUGGCAAAAUGGCAUUAAUAGGCCACCUGUAUACAUGUCCAUGAAAACUGGUGUAACCGUGUGCACUCACAAGCCCAAGGCUUUUAAAGGCAACGAAUUGUCGAGGUCUGCCACAGCUGAUAACAACUACCGCAUGAAGUUUGCCUUCUUGUCUACGCAGACGGUACCUGAUUACAGGCCCCUGGAUCUGUUGCCAGAAAGUGAGAAAAGUCAGAAGACUUCCAACAACCAAAGUACCAAAUUCCAGCAAAUACAGCAGAUGUUUGGAAACUACACCAACCAGGGUGAUAUCAUAAAUGAAGACAUUAUGACUCUAAAGAUAUCUGAUCACAAUGGCUAUGAAGAAAUUCCGAAGACUGAAUAUCAGUUGCAGCGGGCUUAUUUGAGGCAAGGUGAAGAGCUAAAACUUCUACGAAAGCAGCUUGCAAGUCGGGACAGGCAGAUUAAAGACUUGGAACAGCUUGUGGCCAAGCUGCAAGCUCAUCGCAAGCACAAAUAAUUUUACUAGAACAUCAUCGAACUUUGAGUUCUAAGUAGCUAAUGCUAGGUUCUGGCUUUGCCAAUGUGAUUCAGAAAUGCAUCUUGCAAAGUUUCAUUUGCAGUUUAAGCUUUAUACUGUAUUUAAGAGUUUUCAGAUAAACAUUUGUUUUCAAAUCUUUGAAUGCACUUUAGGAUAAAGCCUUAAAGGUAAAUGAAUUUUAAGUUUGGUAGAUUGAAGAGUGUUUGUCAGAUUGGUUCUUGAAGUAAUCUUAGAUAUAUUAGCAAAAUUUAUCAUUCACAUACUUAACGUAUGCGUAAGAGAAUUGAUGAUUGAUUUGAUUUAUUCUCAUAAAAAUAUAGCAGUGAUUCCAAGUUUACCUUUCAGUUUGAUACUGGAUUGUAUUAAAUUUGAGGCAACUUGCAAGAUUUAUUGGUGCAGUGGUGAGGUCUCAAUGGAGGAGCCAUAGCAGGAUUUAUGGAGUACUCCAGAGGCAUGUGGCACAUUCUUACUGAAACAUUUGUAUUCCAUUGACAAAAAAUAAAUAUGUGCCGAAGAAUGUUUAAUAUCCUCUAUCUUUUAGAUAGUAUAAAAACCAUGUUUCUAAUUGUUAUAUAUUUGGGCUGAUCUUAAGUGUAAUUUUCCGUAGAUGAGAAAGAGCUUCACUAUCAUCUGAUGACACUUUUCAGAUGGAUUGUAUUUUCUUCGGGUUAUACUAAAGGGCUCGUUGUAUCUAAAGUUAAUACUGUCGUAGAUACAAGUAUUAGUAGUUAUAUUUUUAACUGCCUACUGAAGAUUAUAGAGAUGAAAAUAUGUUGAAUAUUGAAACCCAUAAUGCUGUGUUUUUCAACUGUACUAAAUCACGCUAUUUUCUUAGUAACUGUAAUACUCUAGUUGAUUCUUGUAGCUUUAUAGACAUUCAGAAAAGUUAUUUUGUUUCAUAAUAUUAGUUAUUAAUUAUUUGUGAUAAAUUGUUUACAUUCCUGUUUUCUGUUUCUUUUGAAAUGUCUUGUUUUAAAGUUGUUUACUUUAAUUUUGUUAUUUUGCAUGAUUUCCAAGGUAGAUUUUUGCCACAAAUUUAUUUUUAGGUUGAAAUAAUCUAAUAUUUUAUUUUAUUUGUGUUUUAGACUGAUAAACAUUUUAAAUUAUUGUUUGUAAGCCAUACAGUUUUAAAUUAUACUUUACUAAUUUUUAUGAUGAUUUUGUAGUAACUAAAGUGAUUAUUUUGCCUAUUCAGGAUGUCUUAAUGAUUGUUAUUUACAUUCUAACUAUCAAAAUUCAUUAAAUUAAAGGCACCAGCAAAGCGGUAGCCUCAGGUUUUCCAUCACUGUAACACUUCGAGUGCUGGUCAUCUCGGUAUCUGCUUUUUAUAGAUGUGGGCCAUUUUUGCUGUUUAAAAAGUUUUUAACUUAACAACAUAAAUAGUAAAAACGUCUUGCUCACUUAUCAGUUGAAACUUGAGAGAUAUAUAAACACAGUUAAACUAUAAAAACUGAACUCUGCAAAACUCCAAUUUAUGCAGAUAAAUUGGUGGAUGACAUCAGUUGCGACUAGCCGACCAUCUCGCGUGAAUAUAUUGUAUCUAGACUGUGAGUGUUAUUUUAUUUCUGUUCAUGUUAUAUGUUUCAAUUUAAAGUUUGAUGGCAGGUCAUUAAGAUGAUGAACAACGUAAGGAUGGCAACAUGUUGUCGUCAGCAAAAUGAAUUUUGGAUAGUUAGAAGGUAAAAAACUUGUAUAUGUGUUAUUUUCUUCAUAUUUCCUUUAUGGCAUUGAGAAAGCCUAUUGUUUUUCUUGAUUAGUAUAGAAUAACUGUAUUCUAAAAUGCAAUAUGAAAUGAAACAGUGGCUAUUGUGUUAAUGUAUAGAUACCAAUUUACGGAUCUAGAGUUGGAGUGUUGUAGCUAAAAGUGUGUUUGUAAUGCUUUGAACUGAUUAUUUACAUGUAAAGUAUUUUGUGUAAACUGAAGGUGCGAGUGCUUAGUUUAUGAGUGUUAAGAAGAGAAGGGUUGUUAUUUUGCUAUGAAUAAAACAUUGUUUAUAUAUAUUUUGUAAUGUGCAACGAAAUCAUUGUUUUGUAAUGCAUUCCCAUGUUGCUUUUUAAUGCAUUCCCGUGUUGCUUUGUGCCCUGAGAGUAAAUAUUUUGAAAAAAGAAUUGUUAAAACACAUAAUACAUAGUAAUAUAGUUGUGGAAUUUUCAGCUUGUGUUCACUACAUUGUUCGUGAUGUACGUUAAAACUUAAAGGCAUUUACAUUAUAAGCACAAAAUAAAUAUCAAUAAUUCAAGGUUAAUUCUUUAGUCUAGAUUUUCUCAGUACUAUCGGCAUUUACAUUUUUAAGUACUUUUAUUCAAGACUUAAUAGGUCAAGUCUUAAAGUUACCCUAUUUCAAUAAUUUUAGCUCUAUGCAUUUUAUAGGUUAAGAAUGCAUUUAUGUAUGUUGUUAUUGUUUUUGUUGUUAAAUCAAAACAGAGAUGAUUUCAAUAAACUGUACUGUAGGUUUGGUUUACUUUUGAUUUUUUGAAAGACGUAAAUACCCUUGACAAACUGUUGCAUGUAUUAUGAAGUUUCACCGGUAAUUUUUUAGGAAUAUUAGAAUCUUUUCUGAGAUGUUUGUUAAGUUUUUAUAUUUAUUUAAAACUUGAAAUACUAAAGUGUAAAUGUACACUGCACUAAUUGACAGACUCUGUGAGUGCCACUUUCAUUGUUAAAGUCUAAAGAUUGGGUACACUCUAAUGGUCCUAUCCAUUGUCAACGUUUUAAUAUAGUUUUUAACACUGGAUUCUUUGAGUGUGUUUUUAUCUACCUAAACAAUUUUUUAAUAAGCACCAAAUAGAGAGCACAGGCUCAACCAACGUCUUCUAAAUACAAUGUUUAUUCCAAAAUUUCCAGUGGAUAACUAUGAAUUGGAAUUAGGUUUUUAUUGUGCUGAUUUGAGGAAAAUAAUUAUAUGGCAAUGUAUUUAUUUGGCAGUGGUAGUUGUAAUAAUGACUGUAAAAGUUGUCAAUUGUUGAUUUAGAUCAGUCUUUUUUUAAUUCAAAAUUUUGUAAUGUUGUAAAGUUUAAAUUUAUUGUUUUGUUUUUUUUAACUUGAAUGUGUUUACUAAACUGUUUCCUUUUCAAUUUUAACAAGUGACCACAUACAGUUCAGUUUAAAAUGUAUAGUGUCACAUUGUGAGAAUUGUAUAGGUUAUUUAUAUGCUUUCUGUUUAAUACAAUAUCGGGCAGAACUUGUGUAAGAAAGAAAAUCCAGACAGAGUGGUUUGUUGUACCCGGAGUGUACAGAAAACUUCCUGACAAAAGGUCUGUGGAAGACUUUGUGGCUGUUCUAAAAUCAUAUAUACCCCAGUAGGGUUCACUUCUGGCUGGUUUAUACCUUCCAGUUAAACCUAGGCUGGGUACAGCGAAAACCAAUGUGUCACUUUCAUGGAUGUCCACAUCACUAACUGCAAAUAUCGAGAUAUUGGGGUGCAUGGGUAGAUCAAUAAUAGGUCUAGCCUACUACGGGUGAUGACCGUUGGAGUUGGUGGGGCUCCCUAAGUGUUAAGGGCUUUUGCUACCCUAGACACACAAGCGUACCACCCCUGCCCCUGCCCACUUUGACUGGAGAGGCUGGUUCAGAGCUGCCCUCCCCUUCUUCCAAGGAGACAUGUCAGAUUAAUACGCAAAACCCUUCCUCAUGGAUUUCAACAUGAGGUGGUCCCUACCCCCAACUUCACCCAUCCAGAAUAUCCUGUCAGUCCGGAUGCAGCGCAAAGAUCCUUCCAGGACUAAGUGCAAUUUCACAGCUUCUUGUCCUAAGAGAAAAAAAACCUGUAUAUAAGGAGGAAGAUCGGUAAAGUUCAGAGUCACAGACAGGAUUUGAACUUGUAUUACUUCUGAUUCAGAUCCGAUAUUGACACGACCUUGCAGCCAUCAGCUCUUAAUUUUUUUAUGAUAGUAGCAGGCAAAACUAAAUAAAUGUAAAACUUAAAAUUGUGGUUCAACAUUGAAAGCUGCAACUUGCGGAAGCUGACGUAGCUGGGAGAUCACGAACAAUUGACUAACUAGCUUACAAGAAUUUUUGUUUUAUUAAAACCCACCAGGGGAGCACAUAAGAGCUGCUUCUGGAAGUGAACAUGUAUAUGUAUCAUACUGCAAUGUUAGAGCUUCAAAAGCUAGUAUAAUGGUAGUUCUUCAUCUGAACUGGAGUUUCAUCUUUUCUUUGCAGGGGAAUAGGAUGGAUCAGCAUCUGUGUCAUCGCUGUCAAUUUGGAAUUCCACUUCAUCUUUCUCACUUUCCAAAACGUCACUUGUAGUCAAACAUUCGUCAUCAUUCAAAUACUUUAAAAUUUGUUCAGUCUCGGUCAAUUUACUUCGUUCCAUUUCACGUAUAGAGAAUCACUACUUUUGCAACAAUUAAACACAAGAAAAGAAGGAAAAAGACGCACAGCUAUUUUUAUAAAGUUCCGAAAAUCCAAGCGUAAAAGCUAACGUAUCGUAUUUCUUACGAACCACUGUUUAAUACACUCACUUUGAUGGCUGAAAAGUGACUAGCGGCAAGCUCCCCCCCCCCCCUCUUGGACAUAUUUAAUGGACAUAUGCAUAAUUAAUUCAUCUUAUUGAACCAGAGCUGAAAGUUUUUUUCUCACAAUUUUACAUCAACCAACUGUUCAGCAUUUUCUGUAACACUAAAUAGAAUUCAUAUUUAGUUUAUGUCUCUUCUAAAAAAAUUGAAUAAUUAUUGACGCUGAAAAUAUACUUCAUAACAGUCCACUAGCAGAUAUUUGUAUUGUGUUAUGGCCAUGGUUAGUCUCCCCAUAUGUGAUAUAUAAAUCUUCUUUAUUAUUGUAUGAUAAAACAUGCCAUUUGAUUGCAUUUUAAAUGUGGUAGAUAAAAUUAUUUUAGUGUAACACUUCUUUUAAAGUAUCAGGAACAAAUCACUCUCUCCAAGUAUUACUGCAACAUCCCUAUAACUACUUAUGCAGAUAGCAACACAUUUAUAUUUUUAAUAAAUUGAAACACCAUGUGUCAAAUGUAGUCGUUCAAUAAAAACGCAAGCAAAGUUACAACAAGAAUUUGAUUAUAACAAUAGAUAACUAAUAAUAAAUUUACUGCUACUUGUCAUUGAGUACCGAUCUAUUUAAAUCAUCAUUACCUAAGUAUCAAUACUUGUGAAGCCUUAAAAUUCAGGCCAAACAUCUCAAGUCUAAAGUAAUAAAUAAAACCAAGUCAUCAUAGCAAAGAAUGGUAGAAGAACAACAGGAAACUGGAUACAGAGUUUAUUUGCAGCCAUUGCCUUAUACAGGACUUCAUAAAAUUAUGAAUUAAAUUAGUUGUUAAAUGAAUUUAAACACUGAAUCAGAUUAUUUAACCAUAUAUUUGAUCUUGUUUAAAUGUUUAUCUCUGUGUUUUUAAUGCGAAAAUCUGUUUGCUCCUUACUGAAAUCCUUUCUUCACCUUGAUCAACAGCCUUGUACAAAUGUCCCAGCGUUUAAAGAUAGCUAAACAAAUUUAUUAUCUCGUCUUGUGAAAGAAAUUCACAGUGGGCAGCACCUUGUAAAAAACAGUAAGCAUGACCUUCCGUCAGUUUGGCUUGGCAAGCUUAUUUGGAUGUUCAGGAAUUUUUGUCUUCAGUUGUGACGGUUGAACUUCUUUCCACAUUUUAUCUAUAAACCUUUGUCUUGUUCCAGGAAAUACCGCUUCAAUAAGUUUCCUUUGUUUAACAUUGCAAAGAGUUCUGACUAAUAUGGAUAUAUUGUGUUUUUUUAUCUGUGGUCACCAGUCAAACAAACAAAGGAAAACCUCUGCUGCCAUUUUUUAUCAGCAGCUAAUCAUUUACAGUUUCUUUGCACACAACCACAUAAAUUGUUGAACUCUCCCAUCCCACAAGUUACUUGAUUUUAAACACAAGCGUUCACUCAGGUUAUAUACUCAUCGUGAACAGUAAUAGUGUUUCAUUUUUAAUGUCAUAUAACAUAUUAGGUUAUAUUACCAGCAGUAACAACACUCAAUAUUUAUUAUUGCUCUAUUUCUGACUAUUUCAUCUGUCUUCCAUCAUAGCUGACCUUGUAAUAUGUGAUAUGACAAACUUAAUUCAUUCAACAUAUGGUGGGCAUCUUGAAUAAUUAACAGCCACAGAUAUUUAAUGGUUUCUUUAAUGUAUGUGAAUUAAGAAUUCGCUUUAUACUUAAAUUCAAUUUAAGUUUUAUUUUAUACCUUUACCUCAUUAACAUUCUUUUAGUUUUUUUUAUGUAAAGGCAGCUUCCUUAGAUACGUAUCAUAUAUUAAAACUAAGUUUUGAAUUUCAACUUAAAGGGAAUUUUAGCAGCUAGUAUUUUAUGUCUGUUUUUAUUUCUUCAACGUGCAUCCUGUCAAGAUGCAAAAAGGUGGAAAUCACUCGGGCCGUGGUAGAGGUUAUAUGGCAGAUGAUCCAGUGCUGACAGCAGUAUGAGAUUUUGCAUUUCUGUGGAGGAACAAUUCUCUUUAUCAGCAUCUUGCAUCUUUUGUUCUGAACCGCUUGGUCAAUGUUACACAGUAGGCUUCUCCAUUGGUAGUCAUUCCUUGUGGCUUAAGUAUCAUCUCUCGUGAUGAUUUGCCUCAACAUGUCAUCGUCUUCUCUAUUAUAACGCGUCAAAAGAGUCAAGAAACUGUCCAAUCUCUGUGAGAAGUUUGGAUACCCAUCUAAAGCACAAUUGGGGAAAUUCUUUGGCGGAUUUGUUAAUUAUGAAUUUAGUACGUUUCAAUUUCUUUCAACAUAUAUCUUAACUGAUCACAGAUGGUUGACCUGAAUGUUUGUCAUAAGCAUUUAAACAGCCAUCCUUCAGUCUCGGCUAAUUUUUCCACUUAAUCAUGACUCAACCCUCAUUGCAUUAUCAACAUGAACUUAAUAAAGCGAACAUUUUAAUAAAAUAUCUCAUAUCAUGCGUGGAGAGCGAUUCAUUUAAUAUGUAACAUUUUAAAUACACACAGUUAAGAAAUCAGGUUAGCUACAGAACUGCAAAUUGCACAUGCUGGUUUGUUAGUGAAGCGGGAAGGUAAUGUGCAAACUCGUUGCAGUUCACAACUACAAGAGUAAAAAAGUCAACAUAAUAAACUUCCUUCAUAAAAAUAUUCUUUCUCAACUUAUAGUCAAUAAGCACAUAUAUCACAAAGUCUCCAUCAAUUUCUAAAACAACAGUAAUACCUCUUGAUAUAAGUAUGAUCUACAGUACAGUUUGUUAUUGCAUAAUUCUAUCACAAGUUACUUUUAGUACAAAAUUACUGCCGUAUCUUUAGCUGAUUUGUGUUUAGUUAAGUAUAACAUGAUGACUGAUUUUGUCUUGCGUGAUAUUAAACCAAAUACUUAAUACUAAUGUAUUCCAAGCCACAUUACGAGCUAAUUUGUUUCAUUUUGUACAUUUUAAUAAAUCUUCAUGUAACAGA